AUGAAUGACAUUGCAAGUGUGGUGAACUAUUUAAUGAUGAAACUUGGCAAAGAUGCUUAUUCACCCAAAGAGUCAUGGAGACAGCCAGAUUGUCUUCUUGGGAUUUUCCACUCAAGCUGUUGGCCCCAAAGCAAGGAAAGGGUUGUGCGGUCUUUUAAGGGAGAUGGGAAAGUCCGAGUGGUGGUGGCUUCCACUACCCUGAGUAUGAGAGUAAACUUCCCAGACAUUCGUUAUGUUGUGAACUGGGGCCCUGCUAGAAGCCUUCUGGACCAGCAUCAAGAAGCCGGACGAGCUGGAAGAGAUGGUAAACCCAGUCAUGUGCUCAUUAUCUACCAUGGCCAGCAGCUUAGCCGUUUUGAAAUGGAAGUAAAAGAAUUUGUCAAAACUAAAGAUUGCCUGCGUGUUGCUGCGUACAAGCCUCUUGAUGCAAGUAUCCAGCCACAAAAACCUGCACACUCAUGUUGUAGUUUCUGUGCAUCUUCUUGUGAUUGUAACUGGUGUGAAGCUACCUGUCCUUUGUUUGAACAGACAACUCAAGGGGAACAAGGGGCUACCUGA